AUGAUGCUGCAGCCCCUGCUGGUCGCCUCCCUCCUGGCCCUGCUUGGGCUGUCCCCAGGCUACAUAGAGAUCCCCGUCUACCCGGACUUCAACGCCAGCCAGUUCCAGGGCACCUGGUACGUGGUCGUGAUGGUAUCAAACGACCAGGACUUCCUGGACUCCGUGGACACCAUGAAGAUGCCUGUGGUUUUAGUGACUGCCUUGCCCAACGGCGACCUGGUCCUCAAGUAUGGUUACCCCAAGCCCGAGGGCGGGUGUCAGACGCUGUACAUGAACUUCACCAAGGGUGACCAGGAGGGGCGGUUCAGCAAUCCAGCCAUGGGGCAGACCAACAUCCGCGUGGCCUUCACGGACUACGAGCACUACGCCUUGCUGUACUUCGAGAUGCAGAAGAGGGGCGUGCGGAGCGUGUGGCUGCAGCAUUUUGCUCCCCCCAACUCCCACCCCUGGCUCCUGGGGAGACUGAGUGCCCCUGACUCUGAUCAGGUCAUCCUGCGGGGAGCAGCAUGA